AUGGAAGUGAAGCCGUGUACUCUUUUCCGCUUGAUCAACGGCUAUAGUCUUGGCACGAUACCAUUCUUAAUAACUACAAUGAGCUUUCACGAUAAGGAGCAGCCUAUCGAUAUUCCGGUUGUGUACCGUCACAAUGCCACUUCGUCGAAUGGUUCUUCCGGACAUUACAGAACUAACAUCGGCCGAUCGAAUCCCUUGUUUGGCAAGAGCAAAAGUGAUCUGGACCUAGCCAGUGGCAAGUUUGAGUUCAAUCCGGAUGGUGAAUCUUCAAACAGCUCCUCAACCGAAGAAUCGUCCGCUUUGGCUAUCCGAUCUUCGCGCAGCUCGACUACUGCAACUCCACCUGUUCCACCGCCAUUGCCUCCGAAACCACCGAUCACGGUUACUGGCAUCUACCAGACGGACAGUGGCCGUCGACACUCUUCCAUAGCGCCGUCGUACGAUAUUUCGAAGAGUAUCGCCGAGAGUGCGAUGGACAUUUCCCUGCUAACGGCUAACGCCAAUCAGCUGCGGCUCCUCAUAACCUACAAUCAAGGUUCGAAGACGUACGUCGCUUGCAUCACGUUCGUGAUCAUGUCCUUGGUGCUUCAAAUGAUGGUUGCGAUUACAAUGAUCGUUGUUUCGCUCACAAAACCACAACGGGACGAUCCAAAACGGCAACGGGUGAAGAUCGUUACCUCGGUCGGUGUAGCUAUAAUAACGAUGAUUAACAUCCUUGUAGCAUCGCUGGUUGUUGCCGAACAACCUCCCAAUGCUAUCAUCGCUUCUUCCGAGAAUGUAAUCGGUCUGCUUACCAACGUGAACGUAACGGAUACCGCUCUCGGACCUUAG